GUCAUUCAACGCGCGUAACGUGCACUCUUAACCUCGAAAUAUAAUCUGAAUAAAGAAUUCUUUCCUAAAUUGUCAGAUUUACACGUUACAUAUAUACUGUAUUUUUAAAUAACGUGUUUUUAUUGGCUACUGUGUAAAAUGGGUUUACCACAAAAAGGGAAGUCAAGCUUACACCAAACUAAAUUUUUGUCACAAACGAGCAACAGGCCAAGAAUCAAAAAUGUUACAACUUUGUCUCAACCUCUUCAAAGCAGAAGUAGAAAUAAUCAAACGAUGAGGCAUAAUCGAAGGGAACAUGUUGAUGAAGAACUGUUUAUGGCUGAUGAAGUAGAAAAUCAACGUGUCUGUACCUUGAUAAAGUAUUUUUUUGCAUUAGACAAGAAAAAGCAGAUUAUAAGUAAAUCACGCAUAAUCAAGAACAUUUUUGGCAAUCAGGGGAAACAUUUUCAUAAAGUGAUGACCGAAGCAAAAAAUAUAUUAUCAAAGGUUUUUGGAUACCAUUUGGUGGAACUGGAGGGUAACAAAUACAUGUUGGCGAACGAAAUAGCUAACGCGACAUCGCACAUUCGUUUGUCCGAGUCCCAAAGUAAACAACAAAUACUGUUAUUUUUAGUGCUCACGCACAUCUUUAUGCUCGAGGGAUCCUCUACCAAAGAAUUACUGUGGCAGUUUCUUAAAAAUUUGGGUAUUACAUGCUCGGACAACACCCAUCACUAUUACUUCGGCAAUGUUGUACACUAUAUAGACGAGAUAUUUGUUGCCCAAAAGUAUCUCGAUAAAAUAGUCGUGGACAAGGAUGACUCAUCAAAAAUUGAAUACAAAUGGGGACCUAGAGCAGAGUAUGAAUUUUCUCGACGCGCUUGUUUGGAAUUUAUGUCAGAAGUCUACAAUGGACGUCCAAUACAAAAUUGGCCGUUGCAGUGUAAAACUAUGAUCGCACGAGAAAAAUCGAAGAAUCUCCACUGAUCCACGUUAUGGAUAAACUGUAUAUCGACUGAUUAUGUUUAUUAACUGUUUAUACAUUUUACAAAAAUAAAUUUGUGUU